AUUGAAAUCAAACAGGGCACCUGUUGCCAGAUAAUUCCGAUAAAUAUUGGUCAUUCCCAAACCUCGAUAUCUCAAGUAAAACGCAUUUUCAUUAAUAUCGUGGAACUCGAGAUGAUGGUCACACGCGCCAUUAUUUUUCUCCUUAUUACAGGAAUAUGUUCGGCAAAUCUAAGAGUAAAGCUGCACAAGUUCACUCAAGGAGCCGAAGAAAUUGUCAAUUUCACCCAAAGAACGAGUUUUUCUUCUGAACCCACACUGAAUACAUCAGUUAUCAUCGAACCGUUAACCAACUACCACAACGUGCAAUAUUACGGCGAGAUUCAUAUCGGAAAUCCUCCGCAGAAAUUUAACGUUUUGUUUGACACUGGAUCAUCGAAUCUUUGGGUGCCUUCAAUCCUAUGUAAUGAAACUUGCGAGAGACUCAACAAAUAUGAUAGUUCAAAGUCAUCUACUUACGUAGGAAACGGGACUUACAUAUAUCUCAAUUUCUUGUCUGGAACCAUCGAGGGUGUUUUUUCAUCAGACGAUUUCUACAUGGGCGGUCACAGAGUACGAGGACAGUUAUUUGCCGAAACCAAUAAUCACAGGGAUGGUGAUAUGUUUGACGGGAUUUUCGGGCUAGCAUUCAGUGCUCUGUCUGCGGGCGACGUUACACCCCCAUUUUUCACUAUGCUGGAUCAACAAGUCGUGACCAAAGGUGUCUUUUCGUUUUUCUUGAGCAGCGAUUCGGAUGUAGUACCAGGCGGGGAGAUAGUUUUCGGGGGCUGGGACGAGAAACACAAUUAUUUCAAUUUGUUUCAGCUACCAGGAGAAGACACUUAUUGCUUGGUUGGGUUUAAACCGGUCCGGCAGGAUUUCAGCUUUUGGAUCCUUGGAGACGUUUUUCUGGCUAAAUAUUACACUAUAUUUAACGUGGACGAUGAGACAAUAUCGUUUAAUGAAUAUAAAUGAUUUAUCAGAUAAACCUACCCCAAUUGUUAUGAGUUUAAACGAAACUCAUGUAUUAAAUAAAUAUUGAUGAAGUAAA